GGUACAGUCAAACUUUCCCUUCUGUUCCCAAUUCAUUCUGUGAACGAAUCCAGCGCCGGCACAAGUUUCUUUUCCUUCAGGUAGCAGGUAGACCAUACCAUGGUUUGCUAAAAGGGAUGAUGAAGUUUGCAGGAUAUUCCCGACCCGUUUCAUUUUCUCCUAUAAAUUUUAAUGUCAUUAGAAACAGUUCCAGAUUCCCUCUAGGUAGGAAUUUGAGCAGCUCAAGGUUCUUUUCUGCUUAUGCUCUGAAAGAUCAAUCAAAUGAUAAAACUUCAGUGGUUGCCAAAUACUAUCUUCCUCCUUGGUUUAGUGUUGCUCCAAUGAUGGACUGGACAGACAAUCACUAUAGGACUCUAGCUCGCCUCAUAUCAAAACACGCUUGGCUGUACACCGAGAUGGUUGCAGCUGAGACAAUUGUUUAUCAAAAGGACAAUCUGGACAGAUUCUUGGCAUAUUCUCCGGACCAACAUCCUAUUGUGCUUCAAAUUGGAGGUAGUAAAAUAGAAAAAUUAGCAAAAGCAACUGAACUUGCUAAUGCUUAUUGCUAUGACGAGAUCAACUUAAACUGCGGAUGCCCUAGUCCAAAAGUAGCUGGACAUGGGUGCUUUGGUGUGAGUCUCAUGCUUGAACCAGAGUUUGUUGCUGAGGCUAUGUCAGCAAUUGCUGCCAGUACAAAUGUACCUGUUAGUGUCAAAUGCCGAAUCGGUGUGGACGAUCAUGAUUCUUACAGUGAGCUGUGUGAUUUCAUAUAUAAGGUUUCUUCUCUUUCACCAACUAAGCAUUUCAUAAUUCACUCAAGGAAGGCGCUGCUCAAUGGCAUUAGCCCAGCUGAAAAUAGGACGAUUCCUCCUCUAAGAUAUGAAUACUUUUAUGGCCUCUUACGCGAUUUUCCCGACUUAACAUUUACAAUCAAUGGUGGCAUUACUAAUGUUGAUGAGGUCAAUGCAGCUCGAGAAGCUGGGGCUCAUGGUGUUAUGGUUGGACGUGCAGCAUACAAUAACCCUUGGCAUAUUUUGGGACAUGUUGAUACUGCAAUUUACGGUGCACCGAGCUGUGGUCUUACACGUCGUCAGGUCCUUGAAAAAUAUCAAGUCUAUGGGGACUCGGUGUUGGGUAAAUAUGGACAUAAACCAACUGUGCGAGAUAUUGUGAAGCCUUUGCUCAAUCUUUUCCAUUCGGCACCUGGGAAUGGACUUUGGAAGCGCAAAGCUGAUGCUGCUUUCAAAAAUUGCACGACAAUGGAAUCAUUUUUUGAAGAAACCCUUGUAGCAAUUCCUGACUCAGUAUUGGAUUCACCAGUUGCGGAACCACCACCUGGCCGUGGACAUCUUUUUGCUGACAUAGACAAUUUACUGCCUCCUCCAUACAAAACAAGAGAAGAGGUAGCUGCUAUAUGCGCUUAGGUUCACGUGUACUCUACUAAACUAAGUUGUAGUGGUCGCCAUUUUUUUCUUGAAAUGAAGAGAUAGGUACCAUGUAAAAGCUCCCAUUAAUACAAUAUAAAUGCAUCCCUUAUCUUUUUGUAAGCAUUUGUGUUUGAAACGUUAUCAAUUCGAUGUAAAAGCUUUAACCACAAAAUAGGGGAUUGCAAUUCUGUGUGGCGUUUGCUUUAG